AGCUACAAAUAGCAGCAUGCACACGCCUGCGCCGGGUGACGCCGUCGCCGUCGUCAAAGAAAAGCCGGCGUCGCUCUUGAGCGGGUUGUCGGCUAUCGCUGAUGCCUACGCGCUGCGCGACAAGCUCAACCAGUGCCUCGUGGUAUUGGCUUACGUCAUCGGGCUUGCCGUGAUCCUUCUCGUGGCCGUCGACGCCAUCUCCAACAACUGGGCCGUCAUCAACUUCGUUGGCAACGGCAACGAAUUCAUCACGCCGGUCGCCAACAUUGAGGCCGCCCCCGACCUCGUCAACUCCUAUACAUUUCUGCCCGGGCGGGACCUCCAAAGUCUGUCGAGCGUCGGGAUGUGGAUGGCCAACUACACGGUCGCCAACCUCGGUCGUCUCGGCUCCAACGUCUAUGUUCUCUCGGCCGAUACGUAUGCUCUGGACAGUUCCACCGACCUCUGCCGCCGCUUCUCGGGCACGUAUCCCAUCGAUCUCGCUCGCACCAACAAUGCGAUCAAGCUCGGCAUCACGUACGAUCUCAUUACGUUCUUGCGCGGCAAUGCGAUCACGAUCGCGACAACCCACGAGGCAAGUGCGAAUCUUGGCAACAGCUCCAUGGGCAGCGGCAUGCUCCGGCACCUCGGGUACGCAGCCGCGCGCAUCGCGACAGAUCUUCGGCUCACGCGCGCAAUUGUGCUGCAAAAUACCUCGUCCGUUCAAGUCAAAGAAGUGCCGUUCUGGCGCCUUUACACCAAGGGCUACUGCACCGGGUGCAUUCCAAUCACCGAGCUCGGAUAUGGCAGCUGCAAUUUUAGCAUGACGUAUACGGAUGCCAACAAGACGCUACACGUGGUCGCGCGACCGAUCCCGGGGUCCUCGUACCGCCUCGGCUUGCUCAUUCAGCAGGACGCCUUUAGCUCUGCGUCGCAUUGGAUCAAGUUCAUUGCGCUCUUCUUUGCCGUUUGUGGGUUUCUGGCGAGCCGCCGGACUGUCCAGUGGCUCGAGGUCGACCCGACGAAACCGGAUACGAUCUGGACGCGGGUUGUGUACACGAUUAUGCCCAAGUGCUUUCCCCAUCGGAGCCACGCGCUGCGCUUUGAUAUGUUUUGCUACAACUCGGACUUGUUUGUGACGCUCUACUGCGUCUCGGUGCUCCUCGAUCUCAACAACGCCCUCAUGUUUACGCGCGAAGUGACCGUGUACAACGCUGCGAGUCCUCAAUUCUACAUGAGUGUCCGCCUCUUCGCGUUGAGUUUGAGAUUGCUCUGGCUCAACUGUGGCAUUCUAAAAGUGUGCAAAAUCGCAUCGAGCAUCGUAAGCACCGCCACGUACUGCGGCGAGAGCCGACUCAUGGGCUACUUCAACUUGACGAGCGUCACGUCGCUGUAUCUGAGCGCGAUCUUGCUCUUUUACAUUCCCGACUAUGUCGAGUACAACAACAGCGUUCGCCAAGAUUUGUACAAUACGGUUGAGAGCCUCGACGGAACGCCCGUCAACUACUACAACAGCUUUUACUUUCGCGUCAGCUACGCCGUGGGCAUGGGCCUUCUCAUCAACAUCUUUUUGAUCACGCUUCUGGACCAAGUGCUCAACCGGUCAUUCUGGAACCUCAUGGCGCGCAAUAGCCUCGGCCGUCAAGCGCUCUUUAACAGCACGUCGAUCUUAUGCGACUAUAUUUCCGACGUCCGCGAAGACAAGAAACAUCGGGCAGCCAUCAUCAUCUGCAAGGCGCGACGACUGAGCACGCUGCAGUGGUUUUUCAUGACGCACAUGUUUACAUUCGGGUUGCCCGAGAAGGAAUUGCGCGUCAAAGCCAAGUUCCAACCCACGACGCAAGGCACGACUGCGGCCGGGGAAACGGGACCAGGCAAAGAAAUGUGCAUGGUGGUCCAAGACGGCAACUGCCACAUUCACCUUCUCGACGACCAGCUCGCCGACGUCAAGAGCCUUGUGUACAACAUCAAGGUGCUCAAGGACACGACGGUCGUCAUCAAGUAG